AUGUUGCACCAAUUGUGGAUACCUGCCAUCGCCUAUCUCGCUGCCACUGCCACUGCAGCCAGCUUGCCUGACACUCAGGUGCUUCUUGCGCCCCCUGAGCCCGGCACCCACAUCCCUGCGUUGCAGAUCCCCUCCGAGGAGGAGGCUGCUACGGUUGCAAGGACGUUGGUCCAGCGGGAAUCGCUCACCAACAUCAACACCAUCCGCAAGAUCCACCAAGACGACGGCACUACGCGCGCGCUUCCGUUUUCUGCCAUGGAGUACUACGCAGACUGCGACGAAGAUGGCGAUCCCUACUGGUUGGCAGUAGACAUAGGCACCACCUUCCAGAAUCUUCGCCAGGGGUCGGAUGUGUCGUUCACCAUCAGAGUAGGCGACCAUCCAGCGUGGGACGAAGUCAAUGCCACGUAUCCUGGCGGAAUCGAGCAGUCGCCAGCAGGCUCGCCACGUAUCAAUCUCAGUGGGCGUCUCAACUGGGUGCCUUUCAAGACGCCAUUUGACUACAUCCGUCUCCAGGCGUGUUUCUUGAAAAGACACCCAGACGCGGUGGCGUGGUUGCCAGGCAGCUACGGCAGCCCGCAUUCGUCGCGGUGGGCCAAGUUGGAGGUGGACGCCAUCUACUUUGUGGGGGGAUUCGGCGACAGGGCUUAUAUCGGGGCGAUUGACCCGGAGUUGUACCACGCAGCAGACGUGAUUGAGCUGUGA